UGUACCGCGCAAGCAGUGGCAUUGGGUGCCAUUGUGUCGAGCAGCUCCGUCGAGUAAACUUGUGUCUGUAUUUGCGCAUAAGACAGCUAUUAUAUACGAAGGAACGAAUACAUUUAUUUGAGAGACAACGCAUAUCGUAUAAAGAAAGAAGACGAGCUUUAUUGUAAACACAAUUUCGAUAAUUAUAUAUAAGAAAACGUAUUUUGAAGGAAGAAAAACAUCCUCGAUCGUGUUGUACGCAAUACACACGUGCGUUUGCCUCGAGCUUAAUCACUAUAUAUACACGAUGCGAUGAUCGCCGAUGAUACGCAACGAAAUCAUAAAGAAACUCUUUCGCGCGCCAACGAACACGAAACGAGCGUACGGAAAGAAGCCAACGACUUUCGAAAGAACGCCUAAUCCAACGGUACAACCUGUUAGCCACUUCUAGACCCGUCUUCUAAAAUCAACAUUGGAAUGGACCACCCACUUCACGAACUAACUCUACAUAUCUAAGGAUCUUUAGAAAAGUAAGGGCACUUCGAGGGGACAAAUUUUUCAAGGAGAAAUCACGGACGACUUUUAAGAAAAAAAUGCAAAUGUCGUUGUCGAGGGACUUGAAAAGACAGCCGUAAUAACGAGCGUCAGCAGAUACAGCAAUAGAUAGAUAUAAAUAGAAAAGAAGAUAAAACGUAAGGGAGAAAAAAAAGAGACAACGAAGAAAAAAGAAAAACAAAACGAAGAAACAGGAACAACUCGAGAAAGAUGAAACUAACCGAUCCUUCCCUUUUUGCGGCAUUGACAUUGUCCCUUAUCUUCUUCGUAGGCGGUAUAAUACCUACAGUACAGUCGCAGGAGCAUGUCGCCCUUUUGCCUGCCGACGAGUGCGAUUGGAUCGGAAGUGGUGGAGGUGGUCGGGGUGUACGACCCGUUUAUCUUCGAUGUUCAAGAGGGACCGUUUUAUGGCGUUAUCCUCGAGGAGCCUUAAGGAUAGUCUUAUCAGUGGCUGCAGCGAUAAGCGGUUCAGCGAUUGGAUCUCGAUCUGGUACUGCAGGUGUCCUUUUGGCAAACGGAAACGGAGUUAAUAAAACUGGACCCAAAUCGAAUUACGGAUCAAGUGGUUUUCGUGUUUGCGUUAAAGCUUCCGGUCCAACAAGAAUAUAUUUGGAAAACAACGGUACGCUUAGGCCAGUUUAUUCUCCGCGUGAUGGAAAAAAUGAGGCCUCUCAUCGUUGUUUCUAUACGAAAAAACAACGUACAGCACUCUACGUUGAGGCUGACGAGCUCACCGCAAAUAAUAAUCGCGCGAAGCUACAAUACGACGUCGAGCCGUUCGUUGUUAAUCAUAGCACGCCGGACGAGUCCGACGAGGAGGCGGAAUGUAGACCUUGCUCAAUGGAGGAACUCGCUGAGGCUUAUUGUCAGAGUGACCUUGUUGCUAGAGGUACCGUCACCGCUGUGCAAAGGAAGCCCGAACUUGAAGCUGCCGAAUUAAUCUUUAGGAUAACGAAGACACUUCAUAGAGUCGAGGAAACUGAGACCAAUGAGGUGUUCUCCAUUCUUCCAAAUCCUCAUCUCGAGAAGAGCAUCCGUGUAAGAGUUUCUUCUGCUUGUGACGCUCGACAUGGCCAAGGCGAAUUUGUAAUAAUGGCUCGUAGAAGACUUGGCGAUCUUACACUUGUUUGUGCACCAAGACUGGAAACUUGGGCAGAAGCCGUGCGCGAAUCUAUCACUGCACCAUGUCUGCUAAAAAGCUAGCGGUUGAAAGACUGUCGGCAUGCUCUCAUCAACUUCCUCUUAUCAUUGCAAUUAUAUGUAUAAAGCUUUUUUCCACCACUAGAUAUCGGAAUCGUACGAGUUCCAAAAAAAUAGUUUCAGUAAGCACAACGCUGUAUGUGUCUCUAUGAUGUAGGAAGAAACAUAAGAAGAGAUAAACGUGCUAACGCAUAUCAUUCGAUAAUGAAGGUCGCACAAAAUCACGGUUUAUCUUACAGAUUAUUUAUAUUUUUUUUUACGAGCGUGUGCUUACUGAGAUAAUUCUCAAAAAAAAUAUUGAGAAGAAUUUACAAUCUUUAUUUGUAUCUAUAUAUAAGAUAUAUAUUUUUAUCUAUAUAUAUAGAAUAUAUUUUAUACGAUGUACACGCCUUACACGAGUAUAAGUGUACUUCGUGCGCAAGAUGUCGAUCUCUAAACUGUGAUAUUAUUCUUUUAUAGGAGGAAUAACGUGACGCAUAUAUUAUCUUAAUCAAUAAAUUUGUACUAAACUA